CAGCCCGGCCACGCGGCCUCACACACACAACAACAAGUGUCGCGCCAACAUACUCACCGCGUUUCACUCGCGUGUACCUACUCACUUUCACUAAGCAGGGAUCCAACUCUGUAUUUGGAUGAACUACUAGGACCUAAAAGAAGUCGUGGGGUAAAUUUGUGCAAAAUGUCGAGUUUUGGAGGUACGGUUCUGAUCCCUGACUGAAGCGGUAGACGUAUUGUGUCGACUUCUUAUGUGAUUCAGUGAUGUAUAGUGAUCAUGUGAGUGUGUGAAUAGCAGACAAUAAAAGCCACCAUGUUGCCUACUAAUGUUAUGUCCUUCAUGAAGAAGAUGGUGGCGACAGAGGAUACGUCGAAUGCGGUGUCGGGCCAUAUGGAGACGCCCGGCACCUUCGGCAAGCUACGGCAGACCCUCUCUUCCUCGCUGCUCAACGCGCAGGACAAAGUGACCAAACUUGGACCCCGUGCAGCGGAAGUCGCGACUGAGCCUGCACCGACGCCGCCAGCUACGCAGCCGCCACCUGCGACAACCACUACACCAGCAAAAACUGAACGCGAGGCGGGAAAAGCUCCUUCUCGUGCCGGUGCGUGUCGGGUAUGCUUGAAGGCUUUGAAACCAGGAGAAGUGUUUCACACCUGCAACGGCUGCCAACAUCGCGUUUGCGAGGAUUGUUCUUCAUAUUCCAAGCCAGCUAGCGAUGAAGAAGCGAAUUCAUGGCAGUGUUCCGUCUGCCGACGCAAAGCAGCGCCGCGGCUUCCACCUUCAGCACAAGAUAGCACCGACUCUUUACUAGACGUGCCGGUGUUAGAAGCACUGCAGCGGCGGCAUUCAGAAGCACGUCUUGGCAGUGGCAGCAGCAGUAGUGCACUCGCGCCGCCGCGCUCUCCCGAGCUCCGUCGCCAUUCCGAUGUAUCACCUGCUUCAUUGAAGGAACUUGAAAAGUUAAAGGGCGGCGGCAGCACGACGCCAUCGGUAGAAUCCCGCCGACCCAGCACCGUUACGCCAGUCCGUCGGCGAUCGGUGCGCACUCCACGACAGCGCUCGUGCGAGGAUGACCAGCAAGCACCCGCACUAUCCAACUUACCAGCACCACCACCCAUGUCCAGAAGAUCUUCAGCAGUGGACGUAGUCUCAGGUGCACAAUCAAGACGUGGCUCAUACAGAGCACCAGAUGAGACUGAACCAUCCACACCACAAAUUUCUGGCCUGAGCGUUGACGAGGACAGACCUAUUAGACGCCGAGGCAGUCAAUUGCCGGAUAUAGCAGCAUUACAACAGAGGACAGGUGCGUUAAGUGCAAUGGCAGGAUUGUCAACUCGUGGAGACUCAUCGACGGACCCACCAUCUUCGGCGGCCCCGGCGCCCUCCGCUGCCGCGAUUGCCGCAGCGCGCCAGAUGUCGGUCGACGCAGAAGCCAUCAAAAUAGUGAUACACGAUGUUGACGACCGCUCCCCUAGGCGCGUCUCGCUACGGCGUGACCCUAAUGACAAAGGACACCGAUCACGUGGUUUCGGAAUGCGCGUAGUAGGCGGCAAACCAGAUGCGAGCGGACGGCGCGAAGCUGUCAUAGUUUGGACAGUUCCUGGGGGCCCCGCAGACCUCGCCGGUCUUCAACAGGGUGAUAAGGUAUUGGAAUGGGGUGGGGUGCCUCUAACAGAACGCAGCUUUGAGGAAGUGUGUGCAGUAUUGGAGCGCGGCGGGGAUAACGUGGAGUUACUGGUAGAGCCUGCGCCGCAGCUCGACGACUCUCCUGCCGCGCCCACGACUCACCACCAUCAUGCUCUAUAUGAACCGGAUACCGACAAAUCACCAUCGUCGCCGACCCGACGGAAAUUGCCGAAAACCCCGGAGCAAGAACGCGCAGAGCGUGCACGGGAGCGGCCGCCAGCGCGUGCACAAGUACAGGUGUGGUUCGAGAGCGAGAUGCGGAAGCUGGUGGUGGUGCUGAUCGCUGCCGACGACUUACCACCUCGGGACCACACGCUGGGUUACGGCGACGAGCCUGAAGCCUUUGCGAGGAUACGCUUGCUGCCAUCGCUUGAAAGUUGCCCUCCCGUGGAAACCGAUCCAGCCUCGGCAUCUUGCAGCCCCGUAUGGAACGCCACUCUAGGCUUUGGUGGGCUCACGGCCGAUUUGCUGGCAGGAAGGGCCUUAGAGCUCACCCUGUGGGACGCUUGCCCUGGUAUAGACCCAGUGCUGAUUGGAGAAUGCACGAUGGAGAUAGAGAAAGCGUCUGCCGAGGAUCGCCCGAUGUGGUGGAUCAUAGAGGAGCGCGGGCCACGAUCAGCAAACGCAUCGCCACGAGGCUCGCUGACAGGUGCGCGAUCGUUGCGCCGCGGGGACUUCGCCUCGCAGCGCUCCAUCUCAGAUGACGUAGACUCAAUAGGCGAGUGCGCGUCCCUACUCCAUCCAGACCACGCCUGGGUGGGCGGUUCUCGUCGCGGCUCCUCGCAAUCGGAAACCUUGGAAGUGGAAGUCUAUCAGCUAGGCAAGGAUUUCUCCCGCUCUCUACCUGGAUCGCGGCGAUCUUCAUUCCAGCAACAGGAAAAAGAUGCUGCAGGAGACGCAAGCCCUGGCGGGCCAUCACGGCGUGGGGAGCGCCGCCGUUCUUCCUGCGUCCGUCGCGAUCCGGAUGACAUCUUAAGGUCUCUCCGAGCCGUCAAAGGCGAACUUGGCCGUACGCUCUCGCUUUCGGGGUCCACGGCCAGGCGCACUGCGACGGGGCGCAAGGGCAGCAUGUGGGCGGCGGUGCCGGCGGCGGCGGCAUGCGACGCGCUGGCAGGUGACGAGGACGACGUCGUGCCUCUGGGGCCUGGACAGCUGCCACCGCGCAACGCCACCUUGCCACCGCUGCACGCGGAGAUCAAUAUCAGUAUCAUUAUGGUCAAGGGACAGUUGGAACUUGAGGCAAGUGAAGUUCUAGGGCGCACUUUAGUUGUGAUGCUAUGGCAGCGGUGCGGAGGUUUCGAACACAACCUCGCUUUAGGCGGCGCUGAAAUCUGGCUUGACAAACUGACUCUACCGCAGCGCACGUACGGCUGGUACCCGCUGUUCCCUGCGACUUCACUCGCCGAGCCUUCCGACUCGCCCGACUGAUCCAGAGAGCCGUCGCCGGAGCGCCGCAAUGACUAGGCCUCCCGACGGCUCUCAAAAACAACAAUAUUGAUAUUGUCUUUGUUAGCACAUGUGGCGAACGUAGUAGCCGAGGCCGUCAUGAUUUUGUAUCACAUGAUAUAAUAAAGCAAUAAAAUAAAUAUCUUUACACAUUGAUGGAACAAUAUCGCAAUAAUAUUAUCAUAGAUACAAUGGCACAAACUGCAUAUUACUGAUUCUGUUAAUUGGCACAAGGUUUGAUUUACCAUGGAAACCCAGUUUUGCAAUGAGAUUAACGAUUCGUGUUACAUAACCACCACAACGAUUGUGAUCUAAAACUAAGUUAACCAAUAAUACCAUCGAACUUCCUAACGUAGUGGUUUCAGUGUUAUGCGGUUAUUGUGCAAAAUAUGAUGGACUCUGUUCAUUACGGUGUGUAACGCUGCGCCCACAUUUAUUCUAAUCUCGUCCAUAACGCUGCCCUUGUUGUGAACAUUACGCAAGCAGGCUUUAUAAUUUCCCUGCCGGGAUAUAAUGUGUCGUGUACAUAACAUAUUUAACGUGUAUUUAAAUUUUAUUAAUGUAGAGUCCUUGCAACCACGAUAACAUUAUUUUAUGUUUUGCUCUAUUAUACCUAUUAUUUAUAUAUAAUUACUAAUGUAAUCAAUGUAUAACUAAGCAUUUUAAUGUCAUUGAUUGUUUAAAGCCUCAUUUAGGAUAUUUGAAAUAAAGUGGUCUUUUGGGCGGACCCAAGUGCAUCACUUAGAAAGUAGUAUCCACGAAAAGGAGCUUGUUUCAAUUUUCAAUUUAUAUAACAAAAAGCGCAAAUAUUUGACGUCAGUCUUUUCAAUGGCUUAUACAAAUUCUUGCAAUUGACUUUAAGACUACAGUAUUUUUUAAAUUGCUACAUAAGAUCAUUGAAACAAAGAAAUUUAUUCAACAUUGCUACAGGAUAACAACAAAACUUUAAUAUAAAAUAAAUGUAUAUGGUAAACAACUUUGAUAUGGAACGAUGUCAUACAUUUGCGCUUCACUAAUAAAAGAUAUGUAGUGUUAUUUUAUAAGUCAUUUAUGUAAUAUAAACAACGUAAAUUACAAGUCAUUUGCGGAAAUGUUUCAUAUAGUCUUCAUAUAAAAUGAUAAAACGAUCAACGUAGCAAAAAAUACAUAAAAAUUAUUUUAGUAGCACAAGAACCUCACGCUAAUACUUGUUACCAAACUCGCAAAACACGCGUCUUUCACUAACUCUUAAUAUACCGGCUAUAAUAGAUGUACGAUUCACGCUACUUGAAUUAUAGAGCACGUCGUAGAUACUUGUUACCAACGCCCCUUUAUAUCAAUACACCGGCCAUACUUGUGUACUUAACUUGACUUCCUUGUAGAUAUACUUAGAUUUCAAAUAUAUAUAAGUUGUAAUUCUAUAUGUACACUUUUUAAACCGGCACUAUAAAAUAACAUGUAAUAUAAAUAAUAUUCCCAUCUCAGAUAACCCCAACUUCGACACUUUGCCUUAUACGAUUAAUGAAAUUUCUAAAGUUAUUCUAGUAAGUAAGCGCGUCUAGAUACUAUUCUUCCAAGGUUGUGCUUUAGUGAAUUUCCCUAACGUAUACUUACAACUUGGUUUAUUAUUACGAACUUGCUAUUCUACAAAAUCUCUUUAUGAGCUUCGUUUUUUGUGUCAAAUGUUUACAAAUCUAUACGUACGUCUUUACAAACGUUGUUUUCCUAAAAUGUCUACGUACAGCUAUUUUCGUAAUAGUGUAAAAUUUAGAAUCAAUCUUUUAUAUAGCCUCUAGAUCGAGUCGAACGUACACAACCCUGACAAAUACAUAUUAAUCUCUUAAGAUAUAGCCAAAGUAAGUAGAUAUUUCGAUCUUUACAUUUAGUAGGACUCUUCCAAAUUACGAAAUUUCAAAUACAAUCACGUCAUUGAUGUACAUUAAAUUUAAGUAGAGACAAGUUUUUACUCUUUUAGAUAUCUCAUAGAGCUGAGCAAAACGUGUUGCGACCAGGCAACAAACAGAACUCCUCAUCGGACAUGCUACAGGCCUAGAUCCUUCACUUAGACGUACAAUUUUGUAUGUAGAUUAAACUUAUUAGUGAAAAGUAUAUUUUCAUUGUCAGUUACUCGAUGUUAGAUACGAAGUACAUAAUAUACAAUUUUUAAUAUAAUACUCCAUGUCGAAAUUGUGUUCUUCCUGUGCUAUCGUAGCUUAGUGUCUCGCCUGACAAUAUCUUACAAGUUUAUUCGUACAAAGCGACGACGACUUCUGUUACAAAACGGCCGAUGCACUCACGCCGCGCGUAACGCACUUUUAUAUAUAAAUACAUCGUCGCAUACUCGGCUAUGCAAAAAGCUAUACAAACUAUCACUUUUUGAAACCCUCUUUUAUCGACCUAAGGUACAAUUUUCAACAAAGAAUUUUGACAGUUUGUAUAACUCCAGCAGAGACGUGGUCAUUAACGUGGUUGUACAUUUCUAAAGAGAGAGAAACUUAACAAAUACUUCCCUAUUGAAUUAGAUAUACUAAGAUACUUACUGACAUUUGUUACAAAUGCCUAAAUAUUUAUUUUUACACUAUAAUUUUCUAUUCAGUAAAACUUUAAAUUAUUUAUACUAGGUAAUCAAUAUUAUAUCUGAAUAAAAAGCUGUGGACAAAGUAAACAUAUUUAUUUAACGAAUAUAUCAAUGAAAAUUAGAUAUUUAAAUAAAUGAUUUAUUAUCUAUUUCGACGAGACGUUGGAAUAGAUAGAAUCAACUUACGCUUACUAUCUCGAUAUAUUAGUGUAAACAAAGUAAUAUAGUAAGAGCCAUGUGUAAAAUCAUAUUAUCUAUAACGUAUGUGCCUCGACUAAACCCGAUACCAGUUAUUUUCACAUACAUAUCUGAGUAGUUGUUUCGAGUCGAGAUGGUCGUACCUACGUACUGUAACUGUCUAUGCAAAGCGUGAAUGAAUUCGUGUGAUAUGGUAUCGGAUAUCAUAUUUACCUAUCUUUCAUACUUUAUAGUGUUGUAUUGUUUCUUCUAGAUACAAAAAAGGAUCAGCACGAAGUUCCGUUUUCUUGAUAAACCCUGAGAAAUAUUUAGUUUUAAUAUAUGUAUCAUUUAAUACCUACAUAUUAUUGCAUCUACAACUCUUCCUCCUUAUCAUAACUAUUAGUAGCAGUAGAGCUCCCUCUGAAAGGGUUCGUCCAGGGAAGUACUGCCACCUUAUCUAUUUCUGCCGCCAAGCAAUAAUGUGAAUAUUACUGCG